AUGGAGAACUCCACUGAGAUUGUGUCUUUUGUGCUGGCAGCCUAUGGUAAUGUUGGAGAGUUAAAAUAUCUGUAUUUCAUCAUAAUGCUGGUAUGGUACCUUUCCAUAUGUGCGGCCAACAUAGUUCUUAUUGUGGUCAUAUAUGUGGACAAAAGGUUGCAUGAACCAAUGUAUAUAUUACUAUGUAAUUUAUUUGUGAAUGAAAUCGGUGGCAGCACAUCUCUGUAUCCUCUCAUGCUCUCACAGAUGUUUUCAGAUACCCAUGAAGUGACACUGCCAUUGUGUUUUCUGCAGAUGUGUUAUAUCUAUACAUGUGCUUCUGUUGAGUUUUGCAGUUUAGCAGCCAUGGCCUACGACAGAUAUGUAGCUAUCUGUGAUCCUUUACACUACAGUGUCAUUAUGAACACAGGGAGAGUAUGUAUCAUCAUUAUGAUUGUAUGGAUGUAUUCAUUUGUUAAUUGUAUAUUCUCUUUUUCAUUAGUCAUCCGUUUAAGAUUUUGUGGAAAUGUCAUUGACAAAGUGUUUUGUCACCACCACUUAGUCAUUAAACUUGCAUGUUCAGCUUCAGUGCUUGACCAAAUGUCUGACCUGCUUUUUGCCUUUAUGACUAUUGUUAUCCCAUUCACUUUCAUUUCAGUCUCUUACAUGAAGAUUUUGGCUGUUUGUCUGAAAACCCAAUAA